AAGAACUUAAUCGUUCGUCGAAGCAUAACCAGCAAAAGCAAUACGAGUACAUGGCUGCUUUACAACAAGGACUGAAGAGCAACUACUCGAAUUGGAGAAUGUGGUCUAAUUACAUGGUCGUCUCAGUUGACGUGGGGGAACUCUCAGAAGCAUGUCGUGCUCUUGGGCGGGUAGUUGAAGAGAGAGCUGAGAAAGACGGAGAAGCUGCCGUCGAUACUGAAGUCCUGUCACGGCUCGUCAAUGCUGUCACUCGUGCUCCAGACGCGCAGGGGACUGCAGAAAGCGAAUCUCAGCCGACGAAUCCGAACGAAGGUCUUGGUCUAUAUCCUCGGGUAGAUGACCUGUUUACGAAAGUCAUUCUUCCACGAGUUUCGAGCUCUCCCCGGAUAUGGACCGCCCGCGCUCAAUUACUUGCUUGGCGCAAAAACUGGUUAGGCGCCCUAGACGCGUAUACUGCAGCAUAUCGAUAUGGAAUCGCCAUGAAUUCCAAGGUGGAGGUGGAGUUGGAGAGCUGGAGAGCUGCUGUUGAAGAAGUGGAAGAGUACGUGGACGUAUUACGGAAUUUUGGACCUAAGGCGGCUGCUGAAGAGGUGGAUGGUGUCAGGAAGAAAGGCGGUUCCUGGGCCUUCCAGGCGCGAGGAAUCGUCAGGACCUUCAUGGGAAGAACCCGUCAAGCGUUUGAAGAUGAACCGGAGUGGGAAAGGUUGACCACGUUGCUCGAUGAACUCAAGGUCAAUAGAGAGUAG